ACCGAACGCCCAGCCCUACUUGUGAGCUUAAAGUAGGUUUCAACCUAGUGAAGAAAGAAUGCUUCAGAAUUGUGCCAUAUAUUGGGUUUCAAAUAUAAAAUAGAGUCAAAUGUAGGAAUAGGCAUAGGAUAUUAGCAUCCAGUCAUAUGUUUUGUUUAUGCGGUGGACUAAGUUGCAUUGAUAGUUAGGAUCAAAAUGGAAGUUCUAUGAAAAUGCAUUUAACCACUGUGCUUCCAACCAACAAGUACUCUGGAUUAUUUAUGAGAGCUCCAGUAAUAUCAGACCCCGGGCAAAUGGGUGUGCAAGGGGAACAUUGUGCUUACACCUAUGAAGCAUGGGCACCAGAUUUAGGGCUGUGUAGUUGGACAAGGUUCAUGCAUCAGACACGCUCUGAACAUGUGUUCUUAUCUUUCUCUAUUUUGUGGACAACAAUUGGACACUUAUUAGGCCAAGUUAUGUUUUUAGAAGAAAAUCAGGGGCUUAAAGCAAGAAAAGAGAACUGAUGAAAAAACCUUGAAAUCCUAGAAUCUCUAUCUGAAGACUAAUUUGAACAAGUAGAGAACCUGCAUCACUCAUGAGGUUUCAGCUUCUGUUCACUGCUUGCUUCUUCAGUUCUCAGUUCUUCUAUUUUUCAGGGCUGAGAAAAUCUUCACUUGGCUGUGGUCUAGAACCCAUCGCAGAGUAACUCAUAGGGCAUUCUGUUGUAUCUUACCUGGUGGUUUAAUAUGACGACAAGCUUGGAAGAGCCAUCAAAGAAAACUUCACGUCCUCAAUUGGUUGUAUUGAACAGGGCAUUCAAAUUGGCUGAGCAAUGGGUUAACAGUAUGGGUGACUCUUCUGAUGAUGCUAAACCAACUGUGGUUGUUCUAGAGAGUCGACCGCCCAGGCUUGGAAUUGGUGCUGCAGUUCCACGUCAAUCACAAACAGUAUUCUCAAAUGACCCGGCUGAAAGAAGGCUACGUGCUAAAUUGGAUGCUGAGAAAAGAAGAAAAUUGAAGAACUCUGAAGCAUCAAUAAUAUCCGCCAAAGAUGGGAAAGUUGAUGAAGAAAGUGAUGAAGAUGAAUCGGAAAGCAAAACAAAAGCUUUUACCAAGAAGAGGCCUGCAGCUUUUCCCUCGACUCUGCAAGCAAAAAAGAAGAAGUGACUUCGCAUCAUCCAGCAAUGAAUACUUCGAGAUGUGCUGGAGUCAUACCAUUGUAUAAAAUUCUUUGCCGUCAUAUUCUUGUGGCCAUUUUGUAGGGUGCAGUUCGCUUUGUCAGUGAUGUUUAUUUCUCAACAAAAUGUUCUCCCCCAUCAUCCAGCCUGUGCCUUUGGUGACAAAUGCUUUUAGAAAACAUGUCAUUCUCUCAUUUUUGUUCUCAUUUUAUUGAAGUUAAUGGUAAAGGACAUCUAUCCUGUAACGAUGCUCAAACACAGUGAGGACACAACAUAUUUGGUACUUUGAAGUUUGUUCUGAUGAGCAUAUAACCAGGCAAAGAGUGAUGAUUAGUCUAGUUACUGCUUUAAUGUUGUUUCA